AUGGGCGCUCUCACAGACCUGUACGUCUCCGCCUCCAGCAUUGAGGCGAGACGCGCACGUCCUGGAAUCGAAGUCACUGCAUUCUUUCUGCCGGCGUUGCAGACCUUGUACUACCAGCACAGCGCGCCUCUCGACUGGCAUGCCCCUGCUCUUCGGCGGCUCCGAAGACUAUAUCUACAUGACGUGGGCAGCAGGGUGGAGACUCCAACUCUCACCUUCGACGCCUUCCUCCGCAUACUCCAAGAAUGCCAAGGUCUCGAAGAGCUCAUGCUCAACUUGCGUCUGUGGCCCUUCAAUGCCUAUAGCGGGCCGAAUGGCAGUCGCAACAUGUCAUCCGACGUCACCGUUCACCUACCGAGCAUCAGCAUGGCGCGCUUCCUUUGUCCAGCCUCGUCCGAGCCUGACUCGCCAGAGAUAUUUCACCUUCUCUCUCACUUCCGGCUGCCGGCUACCGCCGAGGUGUACGUCUGUUGUCUCGGGAUCCUCACCAAAGCCACUGCGGGGAGUAUCUCCCUUACGUCGUUCCUAGUGGAGGUGAACGGUUGUUCUGGGCAAGGAAGGCUCUUCGUUACGCUCCGGGACACUUAUUACGGCCGUUUCGACCAGUGGAGCUACGCACCAAAGCAAAGACUGGCCGACUUCUGCACGCUCUUCGCUCGAUCACCUCUGCAGGAGCUGAUCGUUGGCGCUCAUUUCGAAGGGAAAGCAUGGUGCCGGCUAUUGCGGAAAUUCCCUGGCUUGAGGUCCUUGACCAUAGGCGGAUCUUUUGUCAUCGACGAGGACCUAUCGCGUAUGUUCCGGGACCUGAUGCAUGCGCUGAAGAAGGUCAAGAAGGACGAGCUGCUUGCACCAGCACUGCGUUCACUGGCCCUUAAGGAUAUGGCCUUGAAUAGGAAUCAGCUCCGUACCCUCGUCAAUUCUCUCAUGGUGCGUAACAAGCGCCAGCGCAAGCUGUCCAUCCUGCGGUUGCGAUUGUGCCGUAAAAUGUACGCUGAGGGUCGACGAGAUCCGACCUUCACUGAGGUGCUCGGCGAUCUCGGGCUGGACGGCGAUGCACUUGUGGACGGACAGAUCAUUCUCGAGUACCCAUCUCAAGAGGACAGUACAUAG